AAUAUCCACAAUUACAGACAUCGGUAUAGUAUGAUAGUGAAUAUUUGCCAAAACUACCGAAUACAGACUAAGUACAAUCUAAACGUAUACUCAGAAAUUGAAUAUUGUACCACAAAUUCAACUAGAAAAACCGAUUAUUUGGAUAUCGCGUUCUUUGCAACCAUUGGAUCACUUUUUCUACUCGCCCUCGCGUCUACCGUCUACGAUUCCUGGCUAGCGAAGGAUCCCAAUCACUAUCGGAUGCCUUUGAAGGGUACAAGUAUGUGGCCAUCACCGAGCCUGAAGCUGAAGCUGCUGACUAAUCGUGUGCACAAUGCUUUCAGAGACUAAGCUGCUGACCGCGUUCUCCCUGAGGCGAAAUAUCAAUCGACUCACAUUCGAACUGACAACUGAUCCUAUCCAGCAGGACCUGCGCUUCCUGGAUGCUAUCCGUGUGUACUUAAUAACCAUCAUCACACUCGUUCACGUGAUUAUAGCACUGGGGAUGACUACCAGCCAGAAUCCGGAAGUGAUCGAGAAGUUCCUUUCGGGCAUAGGAAUACAAAUGCUCCAAACACUCCUCCCAUUGGUAGUGGACGUGUUCCUUGCCAUCAGUGGUAUACUACUAACAGUACGCUUCAUCGGAUAUACCGAAGGCAGGCGGUUCAGCAUCAAACCAUUCUGGAUGGGAGUAGUGAACCGGUAUCUUCGCUCCUUGCCGGUGUAUGCUUUGGUACUUUUGUUCAGCACCUCGAUCUUCGAUCGAUUUCAGAUCAAUCCAUCAGCGUACAGAAUUAUACCGAUGAUUAGGACGAUAUGUCGGGAGAAGUGGUGGAUCAAUUUAUUGUUUAUCAACAAUUAUUAUCGGCCCGAAGAGCAGUGUCUAAUGCAUACAUGGUACAUGGCGGCUGACAUCCAACUGUUCAUCGUCGGGCUGACGAUUCUAAUGGUGCUGUGGAAAUGCAGUAGUCUGCUGCGACCAAUGAUAUAUUUUCUUCUUGUGGUCGGAUUCAUUCUACCGAUGGUGAACGUGUACUACAACUCAAUGGACGCCGUCACGAUAAUAAAUAUAAAGGAAUUAGCAUUUAUAGUGUGGUACGAUGAAUGGUUCACGCGAAACUACCAAGCAACGGAAACGCACUUCCUGUGUUACUUUGGUGGGGUGUUAGUAGGGAUCAUCUAUCACAAAAUGCAAAAGGAUGACCAGCUGCUGGCAAAAUCAAAGCUGUAUACAAUGCUUCAGUAUACCACGGUGCCGAUGAUGGUCUUAGUUUGCCUACCGGCUCCACUUCUCCAGCUGUCCAACUUUAGUAAACCUUCCGUGUGGAUGUCCAUAUACGCCGGAGUUGUUCGACUGGUCGCAACUAGCUUCGGGUGCGUUGGUUGGUUGCUGCUCCUGUUUGCCCAGCCGGGUAGCUUUUUUGGGAAACUUCGGAUGUCCAAUAUGCUGCAGAAUGCAUUCUAUAGGGUCCUUGGUAGGCUUAGCUUUGGCUACUACUUGAUCCACAUAAUUGUAAUGGGAGCGAUUUACGGUAUCCAUCAUGAAGCUAUGAGGAUAUCGGUUGGGCUGGUGAUCAUUGUGUUUUGUUCAACUGUGUUAAUCACUUUACUUCUAUCGCUACUGGCGUACAUUUUGGUGGAGAAACCAUUCGAUAUUAUAUUUAAACAACUGUUAAGUAGCGGAACGAGAGAGAAGGAGAAAAAUGAUACGAUAAUCUCACAUACUAUAUGCAACAAUCACACUGACAUUCCCAAACAGUUAAACAUCAUUCCCGAGCAUUCGCUUGAGCUUGGAGAUAAGCUUAAAGAGUAAAGGAUGGAUUGGACGGUUCGCUAUGACACUUUUUGACAAUUGAACAAGAAAAAGAAGAGAUUUAUCUCUUCGGGAUUUUGGCGAUAGAAAAACAGAAGAAAAUUAUUUUGUGUUAUUAUAUCCUAAUAAUCCGAGCGACGGAGGAAGUAACUACAUCGUAUUAUUUGACCAAAAAAGUGGUACAAACGAAAAAGAGAAAAUAAACGAUCCGACACCGUCCAUUUUCAGAAAUAUUAGCAACAAAUUUAAUAUAUCGGACGGUGAUUUUGAGAAAUUGUUUCGAAUGUCAAAAUAUUUAUGUGUAAUGUUGAUCGAAUUGAGGGAUCAACCAUUAAAUCCGAUUUCCUUGAAAGAUGAAAGUACGACUAAAAUCCCGUUAGUUCGAAUCGAGCUAGCAUUCUUUCAGCAGUUUAGUAUUCCCGGAUUCGUUGGAGCCAUCAAUUGCACACAUGGUCUAUAACUAUGUAUUUUUUGAGACAACAAUUAACGUAGAAUCGAACAUUUCAUUAAUUAUAUACCAAAUUGUUUACUUAUACGGUACCAUAAAUAUAAAAACAUUUUCCUGAAAAGGGCGAUACCAGUAAUAGCUUCAUUUUAAGAAAAUCAACACUGAAUAUUCCCGGAUGUAGUUACAAUAUCGAUUUAAAAAUUGUUGUUUUUCCGUCCUAAAUCGCAUGAUCCAGCGAUUGAAGCGUAAAACUUCAUAAAGUCUUCAAAAUUAUUAAAUUAAAUUUAGGUUUUACUGCAUGAAUCGGCUCAAUAAAGGUAUCGUCCUUAUGGCGAAUGUUUAUUUUUUCAGUCUCACAUAUCACCAUUGAAGUAUUUCGUUACUAAAAACUAGGAGGUUACAAUGUUCAGAUAUUUUUUUAUAUUGAGAGGAAGAAUUCUACAGCUAUCUUAAGACUAGAAAUACGGUUCUAUAUACAACAGUGGGAGCAAAAGAAUUUUUUAUGAAAAAUUUUAAAACAAGGAACCCAGUUUGAUAUUCAAAGGGGAGAAAUAGUUUUUUACGAAAUAUUUUACAGUUAUCUUAAAACUAAAUAUAUAGUUUGGUAUAUAAAAGGGGGAACAAAUAUUUAUGUGAAAUUUCACAGAUAUCUUAAAACAAGGGAUACAAUUCUAUUUACAAGAUGGGGGACAAUAGUUUCAAUGAAGAAUAAAAUUUACAGCUAUCUUAAAACUAGGAAUACAGAAUACAAAUUUGAUUUUUUUGAAGGAGACUUAUGCUUGGUUAAGAUAUUCA